AUGGGAAAUAAUUAAUCUUGUUGUUCAGUUCGAAUACGACAGCCCACAAAUACCUUGGAUAAGAAAGAAGUGUUUCUCUUGUGUGAUGUCCUUAAGCAUUCCUAGGAGGAUAAUCACACCACCUACUUGGAUAAACAAUGUUUCGAAAGAAUAUUCUAAGACAAUCCUUUAUUUGGAGAACAAGUGUUUGAAUACUGUUCGCACAUAUUGUAAUCGACUCAGUUGCCACUUGAAGGCUGCAUUAAUAUACGUAAGAGUUCGCAUCACAUUCUAGUUUAGGGUAUAUUAAGUACAUCCGACAUAACACCAACAUUACUAUAGAUUUGCAUGGAAAACUAUGAUGGAACAAUCCAAGUUAUAACAGUUUAACAGGCAUUCCAAUUCAUAGGAUUAAUAACAUCUAUAUUCCUAACAUUUUGCAUAAGGAAAUAACAGAUCGAUGCUCAAGUCUUAGAAAUCCUAAUCCAUUCACUAUUCAAAGAAAAGCAAAUGAAGAUCAAUGAGUUCUUGUCAAUAAUAGAGGCCAAUUUUCCAUACAUUUAAAAACUGAUACGACUCUACUUGUCUUAUCGAUUGCUGUAAAAACCAUUUAAUCAAAUGAGAGUUGCAAAGAUAGAUAAAGACUCAUUUAGUUUGAAAUACGAAUGGUUGGCAAUUAUGGGUUUGGCCACAUCAGAAUUGCAUCGUCAUGGAUAAGUGUCAUUAUUGUAUCAAUCUGCUUUGUAAUCAAUUAAUUUACAAGAGAUUUUGAUUUCAAUGCAACAAACCUAAACUUUGUUGGUAGUCACUUUUCAAGAUGAAUAAACCAAUAAAAAAUAAACUUUAGCAAUUUAUAACAAACGCUAAUGGUAAGUUGAUUGCAAAGACACAGAAAGCAUUAUUGCAUUUCAAAUAUCUCCAAUUUUCUACAUCUACAGAAGUCAAUCCAAAAACUAUUUCAAUAAUAAUGGGUUUGGAUUCUCAUUUGAUUAAAAGUCUAAUAGAUAUUUACUUUGGUUAGGAGUUUAAAAUAGUUACUUUUAGAAUUCACAACGACUAUUAACAGUUGAGGUUUGGAGAUGUGAAGAACUGCAAUCAAAAUUAAGAAAGAGUGUGAUGGAUGAAGAUAGAACCUCCACUUUGAGUCCUAAAGAGUAAAAAAAGAGGGUUUCCUUUCGCUUAUUGGACGAGAAUCAACCUACAAGGAAGAGCAAUUCAGUCACACCAAUUACUAAGAAAUUGAAUUUUAUUGAAAAUGUUCCACCCCAAUCUUAACCACCUACUCCUAUGCAAAAGUUGUAAAUCGUAAUUUAUUCUAGUCAAAUACAAAUUACUUAAGAUGAUUAGGAGAGUCCGAAAUCUCCUCAUUUUAAUAGUGACAAUCCUCCUACAUUCAAUAAUCCUUAAGCUCAGGUGUUGAAAUCAUACCCGAAUUCACAAAAUUUAGUUAAUACUCAAUCUUAGAGCAAACAAUAAUAAAAUAGACCAUCACAAUCUAUCAUUGAAAAAUAUGGCAAUGGAUAAAGACAAACUAGAAGCUAUUCCAAUAAUAAUGAAGUGCGAAAGAGUGUGGAUGAUAUUCUUAAAAGAUAUGAUAAGAAAUAAUGA